ACGAGCCCGCUAAGCCGGCGUACACGCUCCGCCACUGACAGACAAACAAACACACACAUGACAGACGCGCACCCGGCCCACAAAAACAUACGUCAUACGCCGGGUAUAAUUUAGUAUAAAUAUAGGCCCUGACAGACCGAUGCCUUCAGAUUCCACUGGGCUUCCCCAGAAGACAAACGAAUUCCAGCAGACGAGAGAGGAAGUCUUUUUCAAGUCCCGCUCAUCUCAGCAGACCUACGUGUUUCCAGAGUUGUUUUGGAGCCGACACAUUUUAUAUUUCCUACCAGCCAAAAGCAUCUCACGAUAUGACGACCACCCAAAUGUUUGCGCUCCUGGUGUGUGUGGGCGUGGCCUGUGUGUUGCCCCGCCCAGCUGCCAGUCACGGGCGCCUGUACGAGCCCCCAGGGCGGAGCACCAUGUGGAGGCGGGGCUACGACACGGAGGAGAACUAUGACGACAACCAGCUCUUCUGUGGCGGCUUCUGGCACCAGUUCACCCGAGGCUACAAAUGUGGCGUGUGCGGAGAUCCCGUGGAUGGACCCCUGGAUAACGAGCCUGGCGGUAAAUACGCUACUGGACAGAUCACACGCACUUACACAGAGGGACAGCUCAUCCACACCACCGUGCAAGUCACCGCGAACCACUUGGGCAACAGCUGGGGAACCGACCCUGACGGCAAACAGUGUAUCGGAUGCGGCCCUCAAGAAGAAUUUUACGGCUGUUCUGACGUGAAGAUUGUCGCAAGCGGAGGGCGGGACAACCAAGGAGGGUCCAGCACCGGAAGUCCAAGCACUCAAGGAGCCGGCAGUACCGGAAAUCCGAAUACUCAGAGAACCAGUAGUAUCGGAAAUCCGAAUACUCAGGGAGCCAGUAGUACCGGAAAUCCGAACACUCAGGGAACCAGUAGUACCGGAAAUCCGAAUACUCAGGGAACCAGUAGUACCAGAAAUCCGAUUCCCGAAACGAGCCCGACCCCCCAAAGCAGCAGCUCCUCCCCGACCGGAAGUUCCAGGAGUGAGACAACAGCAACAGGCGGUGGCGUCACCGGGGGCGGGGCGGUUCAGUACCUGGCUCUGGACGGCACCGUCGCCAUGGACGCCUGGUGCCAGUACAACUGCCCCCUGGACUUCUGCCCGGACUGGCUGUGUUACCGCGCGGCUGGAGCCCGGAACACGCCUGCCCCGGCCUCGGGAUGUCGGGCUAUAGGACCGUACGCCAACUCUCAGGACAUGCAGGAUUGGUGCGUGAAUAACUGUGCCCUUGAUAACUGUCCGCCGAACAUGUGUGCCUGUAACUGAGUUUGUGUGUGUGUGUGUGUGUGUGUGUGUUGUUUUGUUGUUGUUUUUUUUUUGGGGGGGGGGAGGCGUACGCCAGCUCUCAGGACAUGCACGACUUGUGCGUCAAUAACUGUGCCCUUUAUAACUGCCCACCUAACAUGUGUGCCUGCCACUGAGGAGUGGGGAGUAACAUCAUGAGGGGGGGGGGGGGGGUGUGAUGAGUGGGUGAGGGGGGUAUGAUGAGUUUUUUUUAAAGUAGCCAAAAGAGAGAAGAUAAGAGUCUUGUUGGGUAGGAUCAGUCACCAAAUAUUGAUAAACACUUUCCCCUAUUGAAAGUACAAAGUUUUCGGAAAGUCUACUUGACCCCCCCCCCCCUUCCCCUCCAAUCCCUCAAAAUAUUCAAUAUGUACAAUAGCAAAAAUGCGUGUUUUGUGCAUGACUUCACUGUGACCAACAUAUUGUUACGGUCUUGAGUGAAAGUCUCGGAUGGGAGAGGAUUUAAAAAAAUAGAUAAUAAAAGCUGGUGUGAAAACCGUGGGAAAAAA